AUGACUUUACGAAUAUUAUCACCUUCGCCUCUGCGAUUCUCUCGGCUCGCUGCCGGGCAGGCGGCCAGGAUUCCAAGGACCAUUGCCGUCCCAAAUCAGCGCCGAUUCGAGUCCACCAAAGGGUGCCCAGAGGUGAGAACACCUCAAGAUGGCCAGAGAAUCCUCGCCGCCCAGCGACUGAACCGUCCAGUCUCUCCCCAUCUCAGUAUCUACAAAUUUCAGAUAACCUCCGUCGUAUCUUCCCUUGAACGUCUCACAGGAAUGAUGCUUUCGGGGGGGCUCUACCUCUUCGGCACGGCAUACGUUGUCUCCCCGUACCUGGGCUGGGAUCUGUCAUCUGCCUCUCUUGCUGCAGCAUUUGGCGCAUUGCCUUUUGCUGCCAAAGCAGCAGCCAAGUUUAGCAUUGCAUGGCCGUUUUUGUUUCAUUGCUUGAAUGGAACAAAGUAUAUGGUUUGGUCAUGGGGAAAGCUGUUGAACAACAAGGCGGUUAUUCAGGCAGGAUUGGUGACCGUGGGGACUGCCACAGCCGGAGCAGCUGCCCUAGCGUUGUUUGUAUAG